CAUCCCCCUGCAUCUGAGGGCAGGCCCAGUGCGGCUCUGCAGACUGACGUGGCCACAUUUUUAGCUGCUGUAACCAAGACGGAGUCGCCGAGUUUUGGAGUGAUGGAAACCUGAGUAUUAUCCGCCAUUGUGCUCUCCGCUGGAUCCGUCUGCAGAAAAGCGAUAGAUAUAAAACAUUGGUAGUUCUUCUCAGGAUGCCCAUUUCAUCCUGAAUGUAAGGAAGCGUGCUGACGCCAAAUCGUUCGAAACAAGGAUAUCGAGCCAUAAGCAAAGUCCAUAGCAAAUUGUUUCAUGUCAGACCCACCGCCAGUUGGUGUUGAUCUCUGCUGUAUUUGCAUCCUUCAUUUCUUGCCACAAGCAUUGUUAUAUUUCCUGGUUCGCGUUUGACCUAGAACUUUGUUCCGUGUCAUCUCCUGGAUCCAGAUUUAAUUUCUUGCUACCCUAUGGUCUCGGAAUCGUCCCCAUCCACCUCGCUUAUCAUUGCUAGUUUGGGGAUUUUAUCCUCUAUUCCAUUCGAACAACCAUAAGAAUGAGAUUCCCGUAGGUACCAGCUUUUGUCGACUGCGUGGUAGCAGAGCAGCACAUCUCACUAGGUGAGUACAGCGUGACCCUGAUGAGUCACAAGUAGCAUCACCCUCAGCUAUGGCGCCGGAGAGCCAACUUGGAGGACCAUCCCGAUCGUUCACCCUGCUUCUGCUUGUGAGUGUGAUAGCAGUGUCAUACGGCGAAGCUUCAACGCAUAUAGUUGGUGGCGACAGGAAGUGGGAUUUUCCCCCAAAUAGCAGCAGCAGCAGCUGGUACGAUGAUUGGGCAAAUAACAACACUUUCAGAGUCGGCGACCAACUAGUCUUUAACUACACAUCGGGGCUUCACAAUGUUGCGGAACUCGCAACGGGAAACGACUACGAUAUGUGUAAUUUGUCGGCCAUCAUUACCACCUUCGGAUCUGGUGUAGACGUAGUGACUCUGGACAGGCCAGGAUGGCAUUACUACGUGUGCGCUGUGUUGGGACAUUGCGCCACCAGGUAUCUGAAGGUGAAAAUUUACGUCAACGCGAGUGACGCUGGUUCUGCGAGUAUUUCGAGUAGCGUUGGUGCUCCCGGCGGGGGCUCCAAUCUAAGCGCCAUCGUAGGUGCAAUCAUCGGUACAGUGGUCGUUAUGCUUGUUGCAGCAGGUGCCGUUUGGUACAAUAGACGGCGCAAGAGAUUCUCUAGUUUGCACGGAAGUCGUAGAAGCGGAUUGACCGCACGGAAAUCUCCUUUGAUACCUUUCGAAAGUCUUGGUGCGGAUGGUCCUAGGGUGUUUACGUUCAAGGAGCUGGCUGCUGCGACGAAGAACUUCUCCCGGACGGAGUUGCUUGGCCGAGGCGGAUUCGGCAGCGUGUACAAGGGUGUACUUCGUGACAAAUCCAUGGUGGCCGUGAAAUCUAUUGCAAAAGAUUCACGGCAAGGCGAGAUCGAAUUUUUAGCUGAAGUGUCAAUAAUCGGGAAGAUUCGGCAUCGUAACCUCGUCAGGUUGCGUGGCUGGUGCGCGGAGAAGGAGAAGUUGCUCGUCGUGUACGAUUACAUGCCAAAUGGGAGCUUGGAUAAGUGGAUUAUGCCUGCGGAAGAGGGGGAAACAAACCCCGUCUUAGCAUGGAAUGCAAGGUACAACAUUCUCAGUGGUCUAUCUGGGGCGUUGGCAUAUCUCCACGAGGAGUGGCAGCAGUGCAUUUUGCAUCGCGACGUGAAGCCGAGUAACAUUCUUCUGGACGACAAAUUCAACGCAUACCUGGGAGAUUUCGGAAUGGCGCGGUUGAUUGAUCACAAUAAAGUAGCUUACUCCACUGUAGUAGCGGGGACGAUGGGAUACCUUGCCCCUGAGCUUCCGCACACUCGCAAAGCCACGCCGAAGACGGACGUGUUCAGCUUUGGCGUGCUUGCCCUCGAAGUCACAUGUGGAAGACGAGCUUUUGACCCUAACCGACCGCACGCUGAGGUCUACCUGCUCGACUGGGUGUGGACGAUGCAUCAGAACAACCAGCUACGGAAGUGUGUGGAUCCUCGCCUCGGUGAAGACGUCGAUGUGAUGCAGAGCAGGCUCGUCUUGCACAUUGCACUUCUGGCUUGCCAUCCUGACCCUGCCUCCCGGCCCAGCAUGCGCUUCGUCCGACAGGUGCUCUACGGUGACCUUUCGUUGCCCACCAUCCCUCCAUCGCGCCCAGUAAUUUCGUACUCGUGGAGCUCCACCAUACAACCUACGCAAGAGUGCAUUUCCAUAGAGGUUCAACACCCGGAGAACACUGACGAAUCUGUAAGAAAGCCUGACAACUCGCCCGCAGCAUAGAACGCCUUAGCAUUUCAAACAUGCAGUCCUCCGACUCGAUCUAGAAUUUUACGUUGUUUUAAUGGCUGUGUCACUCUUGUUUUCUUUUUGUAGUGAUCAGAAAAUCUGAACAUCAGUAUUCAGACUCUCCUCGUAGAUGGCAGCGAAUAGCAGCGUAGGGUCUUUUCCUUUUCCGAGAAGAUGGCCCAUUGCAGUGAUUUCUAUAUUCUCGUGCAGAUUGAGUUGCAGAUGCAAUGCUGCUGUCUGUACUAUUAUGUAUUCUAGGGGUACAAUUCGCAAAGCGAUCCCAGCAUGUUUACUACUGUUUGCAUCUUUCUGUAAUUCAAGAGAUCAAAUCGAAAUGCAAGGCUUCACUUUGCCUUAGCAAGAGUGCUCCUUUUGAUUUA